AUGAAAAAAGCGGUAGAUGCAGUCAACACUCUUUCUAGAUUUCUAGCCGAUGAAUCUAUUACUGGGGCCAAAGGACUCAAUGAGUUUUUUCAAAGUCUGCCAACAUCCCUAGCUGAUGAUGACAUACAAUCCGCACAGCCCGUUGAUGCCGUUGUCUUUUGUGCAUCUUCAGUGCUAUCACUAGCUGAUGCUGUUUUCUCAGCAUUCUCGGGCAGUUCUACACCCGAUGGGACUAUUGCUGACAAGAAAAUUGCCUUGCACGGAAGAAACACGAUACUCGUUCUUUGUGGUGGCAUUGGGCACUCCACUCCGUUCUUAUACGAAGCAAUAGCAAAGCAUCCAACCUACAACAAGCUUGCCAGCGAGGUUGAAGGAAAGCCAGAGUCCCGCGUACUACAGAUGAUCGCAGAGAGAUGGUUUGGACUACGCGCCCUCGACGUAGGGUCGGCGGGGUCAAAACUACUCCCUGGUGAUCGAGAUAGACUACUCAUCGUCGUUGAAGACAAGUCAACAAACUGUGGAGCUAAUGCAUCUGAGUCUCGGAAAGUUUUGGAGGCCUGUGGAGUACCCUCGCCACGUUCAAUCGUUGUUGUGCAGGAUCCCACCAUGUCAAAGAGAACCGUUGCUACUUUCGAGAAAACAUACUCGAACAGUCCAGGCGUUAAGCCUCGAGUGACUAGCUGGCCUACUUUUACACCAGAAGUACUCGUGAAUUUGGCAGGUUCUGCUGGCGGUGGUCAAGAGGAUCCCCUGGCUCACCUUGAGUACUUCAAAGCUCACCAAACCAGUACACAAUACAGCGGUUUGUGGGAUAUGAGACGCUUUGUAGAUUUGCUUAUGGGAGAAAUACCCCGUUUGCGAGAUGACGCCAGCGGCUAUGGACCCAACGGAAAGGGGUUCCUGGUUCAUGUAGACAUUCCCGAGGAGGUUGAAGAUGCUUGGAAACACCUGGACGGCAUACUCGGAAAGGACAAGAGAGACCGAUGA